UAGCCAUGUUCGUUGGAGAUCACACGCCGACGACGCUGCUUUUCUGGUAGAGUACUAUGGUGAACCAGCUCUUGCUUUAAUCUGCUGGUGCCGCGCCAGCCCGAGCAUCCAUAUAAAGCGAGCUAGCCGCUGCACAUUGUGUGGCCGCGCGCGCGCCCUUGUCCAGGCUCGGAGGAGAGCGCCGGCGGCAGACCAUGUCGUCGUCGUCGAAGCCGGAAAAGGAGGAGGAGGAGUGGGAGGCGCCGUCGCCGUGCAUGAAUGGCGACGCGGCGGCGGCCUCGGAGGGCGACAAAGGCGGCGGCUAUGGCGGUGAGGAGGGACAAGAAGAAGGAGAAGAAGGCGAGCGGGAGUUCGCGGCGGUGAUGGAGCAGCUGGCGCCAGAGGGCGUGCGGGCGCUGCACGCGCGGGUGGAGGCGGAGUGGGGGCCCGUGCUGCAGAGCGCGUGCCAGACGGCGGCGGCGCGGGCGCUGUGGGCCCGCGCGGUGCGCGACCCGGCCGCCGCGGUGCUGGCCGGGGAGCGCUACCUCAGGGGCCUGCACGAGAAGAUGCGCCGCGACGAGCGCGCCGGCGCGCGGGAGGUGCACGGUGUCAUGAUCGCCGUGCGGACGCUCUGGUUCGACACCCGCAUCGAGGCCGCCGUCGACACGCUCGGCGGCGACCCCCAGGUCGUCAUCCUCGGUGCAGGUUGUAGUGCUGUCAGGAUGGACAGCGGUGCAGUGGAAUCCACUGGGGCAGUAUGGUCAACACCUUCGGCAGAACCGAGAAACAUUUCUAUCGGGAAGGAGAUAUUCUGCAAUAGGUCACUCAACAUGAGGAACAUCACAGCAGUAGGAUUUGAUAUGGACUACACUCUUGCACAGUACAAGCCCGAGACCUUCGAGGCCCUUGCUUACUAUGGUACAAUCGAGAAGCUUGUGAAGGAUCUGCACUACCCUGAAGAGCUGCUGACUUGGGAGUUUGAUUGGAAAUACAUGGUCAGAGGAUUAGUUCUUGAUAAGAAGAGAGGAAAUAUUUUGAAGAUGGACCGACACAAGUAUGUAAAAGUUGCAUACCAUGGUUUUAGGGAAUUGUCGAAAGAAGAAAAAGUUGCUGCUUAUGGGAGUACAUUGAUAAGAGACUCAUUUGAUGAACCUGAUUAUGCCCUUAUAGAUACGCUUUUCUCAUUGGGUGAAGCUUAUCUAUUUGCUCAGCUUGUUGAUUUCAUGGACAGUAAUCCUGGAAAAGUACCUGCAGGCACAGACUAUCCGCUUAUGUAUAAAGAUGUGAGGUCUGCAGUUGACUUGUGUCAUCGUGAUGGAACAUUAAAGCGGAUGGUUGCGAAGGACCCUGGCAGGUACAUCAAUGAGGACUUGGCAAUUGUACCAAUGCUUGAAAUGAUAAAGAAAUCUGGACGCUCAACAUUCUUGGUGACAAAUAGUUUGUGGGACUACACCGAUGUUGUCAUGAACUACCUUUGUGGACCAUACACUUCAGAUGCAGGAUCUGGUCUCAACCACAAGUGGCUUCAAUAUUUUGACAUUGUAAUAACUGGCAGUUCAAAGCCAAGUUUCUUCCACGAUGAUAACCGUGCGGGCCUCUUUGAAGUUGAGCCUGAUUCCGGAAAACUUCUAAAUGCUGAUAUUCAGAUUGGAAGCCCAAGAUCAAGUCAUCAGCAUGCAACGCCAGUUCACAAGGUUUACCAGGGAGGCAAUGUUGGCCAUCUUCACAGAUUACUUUCUAUUGCUUCUAGUUCACAGAUCCUCUAUGUUGGUGAUCACAUAUAUGGAGAUAUUUUGCGCAGCAAGAAAGUUCUGGGCUGGCGGACUAUGCUGGUGAUUCCAGAACUGGAGCAUGAGGUGAAGCUUCUUUCAGAAACAAAGUCGACUCGGAAGGAGCUUAGACAUCUCAGAAUGGAGCGUGAUUCAAUUGAAGACAGAAUCCAUCAUCUUGAAUGGUCUCUUAAAUUUGAUGAUCUCACAGAAAAUCAGAAGGAAAAGUUGUUCUCUGAACAUGUCAAUCUGCUGCAACAGCGAGAGCAUGCUCGCUGCCUUCAUCAAGAGGCUCAAAGGCAACACCAUCAGAAGUUUCAUAAAGUGUGGGGACAGCUCAUGAAGACUGGGUACCAAAAUUCCCGAUUUGCUCAUCAGGUCGAGAGGUUCGCAUGCCUGUACAGCAGCCAGGUUACAAACUUAGGUUUGUAUUCCCCCAACAAGUACUAUCGCCCGAGCGAAGAUUACAUGCCCCAUGAGUUCGAUGUGCUUGAGCUGUAGGAGCACUCCCUAGUUCAAAGCUCCCCGUUGUAAUUGAACCACAGCAGUGUAGGAGGGUGAUUUUAGCUGUGGCAUUGAUUAACAUGUGUAGUUGCCGUAUUUAUCGAGCGAAAGAUUCACUCAUUGGACAUGUUAUAACCGAGUAUUAUGGGUCAGGUAUAGUAACUAUAGUUUCAGAUAGAGCAAUACAUUUACCUGUAUAUUUUUUGUACAUAACAAGUUUUAAGCAGAAGGAAAAAAAAAAGCAAUGCCGAUCAUGUCUUAAGUA